GGAAGUGCGAUUAGUGCGGCGGUGAUGACGCAGCGCUCAUUGAGGACUGCUUCACGCGCUUCGGCAGUGGCUCGAUCGGUUGUGCUCGAGUGAAAAUGGCCACGUCCUUCUGGAAAGGUGUUGUCGGUGUAGGCCUUUUCGCCUUGGCACACGCAGCUUUUUCGGCAGCACAGCACCGAUCCUACAUGAGACUGACAGAAAAAGAGAAUGAAACAUUACCUAUAGAUAUAGUGUUACAGACUUUGUUAUCGUUUGUGAUCACAUGUUACGGCAUAGUUCACAUCUCAGGCGAAUUCAAAGACAUGGAUGCUUCUUCAGAGCUCAAAAACAAGACAUUUGACACAUUGAGAAAUCACCCGUCUUUCUACCUGUUCAAUCACCGAGGCCGAGUACUCUUCUGCCCUCCAGAGCAAGAGCCCUCCACUCCCAGCGCCCAGGCCUUGCCCUCCAAUCCCCUGCGGUUACGCAAGCUGGAAAAUUAUCAUUGAGACUUGCCUUCAGUAGGCUGCCUUGCCCUGUUUCCUUUUUUUUUUUCUUUCUUAAAUUAAUUUGUUAGCUCCUCGGUUGAAAGGGAAAAUAAGCAUAUUUUCCUGUCUAUGUAUAUGUGAAUAUGCUGUACAAACAUGCAUCUAUUGUGGUUACUAUUUUGUCAAUGGACUGUGCCAACUCCUUUUCCAGCUGAUAUGUUUGUAAAUACUUAUUGCUUGGGAGUCUUAAGUCUGUAGGUUACAGCUGUAGCUCUCUGCUUGGCUGUCGCACGCAGGGCACGAAUCCUACCAUGUACAUUGUCGGUUUGCCACGUUUUUUGGCUGAACUGACCCUAACUGCAACCGGUUCUUCCCUGUCCCUGUCUGAAUUGAGGUCAAUAUUAUGGAUCAUAAAUUGUAUUAGUGUUCAGAAGCGGAAGCUUUGAUUACUGAACUUCAAAUUUGAGCUCAUAAUACUGAAAGUGAUUAAAACUAUUAAAACAUGUCUGAGCAAGGCCACAAUAGAUUGUAGAAUAAUAGCAAUUCUAACAAUACUGUGAACACUCAGUGGGAAUGAAUGGUACAUUUUGUUUUUUGAGGAGGAGGAGGGGAGGGGGCAAUGUUUUCUGAUUUAUUUCAUGUUGAGACAACUCCUUAUUUUUACCUUAAUAAAAGCUCAAAUUUUCUUGA